CCGACGCUGAAGAAGGCGACGAGGGCGAAUGGGAAUCAGAAGACGACGAAGACGACGGCGAGAAGCGCUCAACAGACCUCCUCAACCUUCUCAUGUCCUUCCGCGAAGUCGACGCCACGGACCCGCGCGACCUCUACUUUGCGCUCCUCGGUCUCGCCCUCGACGGUGACAGAGAAGAGUUCCGCCCGGACUACUCCGCCACCUUUGAGCAGACGGCCCUCCGCUUCGGCCGCACCCUCCUCCACGAGCCUUUCAGUGAGGAACUCCUCGACCACGCCGGUAUUGCGGAGAAGCACAACGGCACCGGCAGCACGGCGGCAGGCUUCCCCUCCUGGCUGCCUGACUUCCGCCGACCCUGGCGGCGCAUGACUGUCGCGGACGCGGCUGAGUCCGAGGCCGCGGGCGAGACGGACUUUGAUUUUGGGUUUGAUCCUAAUGCUGAGGAGGAUGAGUUGCUUCUCAAGGGUAUCAAAGUCGAUACGAUUGAGCACAUGACCGCCGUUCCGCGCGCGGCACAUUUACAUGCUGAUCACCCGUCCCUGUGGGUGAAGCGCGACAUGGUGACGCUCUCGCAGCUGCUGGCCAACAUCCCCGGCUUCGAGGACUCAAAGUACCGGACAGGCGAGAGCGGCCUCGAAGCCAUCCUCCGCGCGCUGACCUUCUUCCGCACCGAGGGGGAGGGCAGCGAAGAGGACGAGAUCCCGGCCACGACACUGAAGCUGGCGUGGCGCUUCUGCACCGCCGUCGAGGAGGACGACCUCGAUGCCGCGCGGCCGGAGCGGGAUAUGCUGCGAAAGGAGAUUAUGAUGUCCGGCUGCACUGCGCAGGAAGCCAAUGAGGCUCUGGAGGCGGCGGCGCAGGUGUUGAUUAACCGUGUUUUCCCGAUGCGCGCGGCGCUGGAUUUGGUACUGGCCAAGGGCGGGAAAUAUGUUGCCAUGGUGCCGGAGGGGAGCGAGGCGGGCGAUGAGGUGUGGGUUAUGAAGGGGUGCAAUGCGCCGUUUGUGUUGAGGAAGAGUGGUGAGAGGGAGGGGAUGAAGAGGAUUGUGGGGGCGGCGUACGUGUAUGGGAUCAUGGAUGGGGAGGCUGUCGAGGGAGUUGAGGAGUUUGAGGCUGUGUCUAUUCAUUGAAAGGGGAGGAAUUGAUCAUGCCAGUCGAUCUGGGUGGUUUUCAUGGUGGUCGUCAUGACGUUAUGAAGGGGAUGGGGAGAAUAGGACGGAGAGACAAAAAGGGAUUAUAAGGGAUGGGUAUGAUGCCUCACAUAGACCCUAUGAAUCGGGGGCAAAGAGAUGAGUGUCAGAGUCUGAAGAAACCAUUUCAUCAGUUUGACAGAUAUCUUCUCGUUAUGAGUGACAUCUUGAUGGCCUCGGCAUGGGACUACUAGCCCGGGAAAUCUUCCACAAACAUUGGAUAAGCUUUGGAAAGUUUAAGGAAC